AUGUACCUGACUCAUAAUGCCAUGAAUUAUGAUGAGCAGGAACAAAGUCAACUGUUUAAUUUAUGUUUUUUCGUUGUUGUUUUUAUCAUUGAACAAGUCUCAAGUCUCUCUUGGGGAAAGGCUAAUAAAAGAUCUUACGACAGUUUUUGCGCUGGUUUUUCACGAGAAACGAACGUCUUUUUUUGUGAACAAACUGGAGAAAUCUUGCGGGCUUUCAUGUUAACCAAGGCCUAUGAACAAACAGCAAACAACAGUAAAUUUUUUGUUAGUUUUACAAAAACUACAAAUUAA